GAGGUUCUUACACUGUGCUUAUCACCGGAGUACGCGAGGCCCAGAUUCUCAAAGGCACUGAACAACCUAAUUUCCACCACACCUGUCCGUGAUACCACAUCGGUUUGCGUGUCGUUUGGUGUCUCAUCCUCUCCCCAAGGGGGGAUGCGUGGACAGUGGCCCGUCUUGUUUGGGUAGGUUUGUAGGGGGGUUGUUUUAAGACACGCACGUUGCUCUGUAUUUAUGUUAGAGAAGACAGAUCAAAGAAGCGCUCCUUGGCCUUGGAGCGGAAGGUGGGGAGAUUUGGGAUGGGCCUGAGUUUCUGGAGAAGUUCAUUCCACAGCUACGUGAGAGAUCUGUCUCUCAGGUUUGCUGCCUCCAUGGUUUGAGCAAGGCUCCUCUCUCGGGUUUAGCCCCCUCUAAGGGGCAACUUGCUUGGCGUGAACAGAGGGCAAGACAGAAAUUUGUUCCGGUUCAGUGCCUCUCUUCACCCAGCUGCAGGAUCAGGUCCCCCUGAGCUCAUCCUCCUGGAAUGCAGCAAUCAGUGCAGCAGAGGAGGAGGAAAAGAAAGGGAAACGGCACGCCCUUUUGGCAGAGGAGGAGGAGGAUGGACUGGCUCCCUGCGAGUUGGGAUGCGAGGAGGUGGCUUUGCUGCAGAUGCUUCUUGUAGAAGGGAAGAAAUGGCCUUCUGGAGGCUGCAGACCCAGCUGGCGCUGACCCCUGAAGCUGAGGGGGGCCAAGAAGCACCCUGCCCCGACGCCGGGGGUGAAGAGGAAGAGGGAAUUUUUUGCCAGGACAGUGUGAAAGUGCUACGGCUGACAUUGCAGAAUGACCUUCCAGGCGAGCGACGUGAUCAGGUGAAACAAAAGCCUGUUGGAAGGGCCUUUGCUAUGGUGGCCAACAGAUCAAGUAAUGGCCAUUCACUGGCUUCAGAAUGCAUCAAAUCCAGUGACGGUCACGAGGAGAUUAUCAAGGUUUACUUAAAAGCAAGGGCUGAGGACAAGGUGAAGCAUGAACAGAACGUCAGUCAGCUGAAAAGCGAAGUUCAUUACAUUCAAGAGGCUAGAAGUUCUUUGAAGAAGCUGCGGGAAGAUAUAAGUAGUAAACUUGAGAGCAGACAAGGAGCUAAGACUAAUCUGCAAUGUACAAAGGUCAUGUUCGAAAAACAGAAUGGAAUCUGCAAACCAUCAGGGUAUUGCCAUAGGAGCUCCUUGGAGGAUCAGGAGGAUGAUUAUUCAGGAGAAGACACAGAAAAAAUUCGUGAGACAGCAAAGAGAUUGUUCACGAAACUGCAGGAGGCUGAGAAGCGGCAUCAGUCAGACAAGACAGCUUUUGAGAUGACAACCUCUCAAUACCAGAAAGAAAUAGAGCGAACCAGUGCAGCUCUGAAGAAGGCAGAGGAGGGCAUGACAGAGAAGGAAGUGAAGCUGGAGGAGGUUCAGAGGCUCAUGUCAGGGAUGGAGAAGGAACAUCAGAGUUUGUUGUUGAAGAUGAAAGAAGGUGAAGCAGAGCUGGAGAAACUGAGAAGCCUGCAAAAUGACAAACUCGCCGAACAGGAUAGGUCGGCCAAACUGGAGAAGGAAGUGGCUACCUUGCGGGAGAAGAUACACCAUCUUGAUGACAUGCUGAAGAGUCAGCAGCGCAAAGUCCGGCAGAUGAUUGAGCAGCUUCAGAAUUCCAAAACAGUGAUUCAUGCGAAGGAUGUGAUUAUUCAGGAGCUCAAAGAGAGAGUUGCCUACUUGGAAGCUGAGAAUCUGGAGAUGCACGAUCGUAUUGAGCACCUGAUUGAGAAGCAAACCAACCCUGGCAGUCAUAGCACCAGAGCUCGCUCGAAAUCUGAGUCCGUGAGCAGUAAAAGGGUGGUGAAGCCCCUUGGACCCAAGCCUCUCCCUCUCAUCAGAGUGCUGGAAACAUGAGCUCUCCUGGACAUGGCUUCUGAACUGAAGAAACUCACCAUUUGCUACUGUUGACUGAACUUUACUGCCACCCCCUGUGCUUGCUGGACAAAUGGUGGGCAAUGCCUCCAGAGAACUGUAGUGCUUUAAGGGCCAAGCUGUCCCCAGGGGUGACUGGCAGAGCAGCAAGGCGUGCUGAACUGACAUUUCCAUAUUGCUGCCCCCAGGGGCUUCCAGAGUCCAGCAGAAGCAAAUUUGUUGAGCAUGGUAUCUGAUGUGUCUGGGGAACAUCUAACCCAUGUGUGUAUAUAACAGACAGACCCGCUUGCACUCAGCCCCAGAGUUAGGCUGACUUUCCCUGGUACAGUUUUUUACUGUUUCUUCCUUUGCUUAAGCCUGAUAUUGCUCUAUGAGCAACUUAAGAUACUAUAUGCCUUCUUUAUUCCUCAGUGGAAUCCUGCUUUUUUUUUAAUUGCAACUAACCAAGAUGGAUAUAAAUUUUUAAUCUUUUUAAGAAAAGAUCAGCACCCAAAAUCACCUUGAAAUCACACAAAUUCCCAUGUUUCUCUCCCAAUCUGCACCAAACCAGUAGACUCCCAACUGAUGUCCUCUUAAGGUCUGGCUCCUCCCUCCCUGUGGUCGCUGCGAGUGCUGCUUGUGGCUGUUCAUUGGGACGCAUCCAACAGGAGGCUUUUCAAUAGUCUGUUCCUCACUAGCAGAGAUCAAACUUACACAGAUCUGUGUAGGUAUAAAAGAAGAGGUUGUCCAGUUCCUACUUGUAUUUAUUUCAGUAAAUUAUUAGUGUCUUCAGAUUCGCUUGGAGACGAGCACUAGCGCUAAUGCCAUAGUUUUAUGUAGCAUAUUUAGUGCGUGCGUGUUUUUCUGUUUUCAGUGGAAGAUACCAACCAGUUUUUCUUCUGGACUUGAAAGUUAUUAUAUAACUUAUAUGUGAUUUGAAAAGAAGCAGCCUUCUUUUUUUCUACAUCUCUGGCAGUGGAAAGAUGUCCGCAUAUGACACAUGUAUCUCUCUAUAAACUAGCAAAGAGAGAGGCAGAACCAGUCUUGUAAAAGGUACCUAUCGAAUAACCUCUUUAGUGCAGAAAACCAUAAGCCUUACAUAACCGUCCAAAUAAUCUGUAGUGGAUUGAAUAAAUUAUAUAAAUAGUGCAUAUGUGCUGGGAUGUAUGUGGAAAUUGUGUUUUUAUACAUUUAAUUAUGGGAAUUUGGAGUCAGGCUGGAUGUAAACAUUUGAUGUGGGUCACUGAUCAGUAUCCAGUGGGAACAGUUUUCAGACACUAGUAAUACCAGCAUCCUGGAAGUGAACGGCUCCAUGCCCCUGAGCUAUUCCAUCCUGUGCUACAGCCUGCGCUGAUGCAUGUUUUUAAAGGUUUUAUACCAAUAGCCAUGGACUGCAUGGUUAGCCUACACCCAGUUCUUCCUAGAGGAGAGCCUCUCAGCCUCAUACAGGGACAGAGGAGGAGGAGGCUGAUCAUUUCAGCAGAUCAGGGACACCUGCACCUUUCAUUUUAGCUUUGCUUGGGCAGUAUGUACUGUUAACUGAAACUACCUUGUAGAUGCACUCAUCGGUGCAGCUGUUGAUACUGUUCUGCUGUUGCUUGUGGAAUAAAACGGCCUAAGUACAAAACCA